AUGUCGACGCCGUUGUUAUUAUCACCCAUGCAGCUGCAGCAGUUACUUCCAACAUUACCCGAUUCUAAACAGGUAUCGAUCCUGGACUCCAGUUGGUUCAUGCCAAAUUCCCCGCGGAGAGCCAACGACGAGUUUCAGAAGAAGCGCGUCCCUGGAGCACAGUUUUUAGACCUUGAUGAAGUAGCCUCUCCCCAUGACCUAGGCCUCAAACAUAUGAUACCGAGUGAACGACAGUUCGCCGAUGCGUGCGAGGCAUUCGGAAUUGAGCCCUCUUCUCAUGUAAUUUUAUAUGAUACGCAUGGAGUAUUUUCAUCACCACGUGCACUCUUCAUGUUCAGAGCGUUUGGCCACGAGAAAUCAAGUAUCCUCGACGGAGGUUUGCCACGUUGGGAGGCAGAGGGUUUUCCAAUUGAAGCCAAGCCGCCGGCACAUGCAAGGAAGUCCGUCUAUCCCACUCCUGCCUUCGAUAAGGGAAUGAUACGCUCCUACGAUCAAAUUGUGUCAAACUCGUUUACGGAUCUUCAAUCGGACCCAGCCGUUGAGCUCGUCAUUGACGCCCGUUCUCGUGGUCGAUUCCUAGGGACAGACCCAGAGCCGCGGCCAGGCUUAUCAUCGGGCCACAUUCCGCAUUCAUUCUCACUGCCGUUCACUGCGUUCCUGCAGGCUCAUACCAUCCCUAAUUCCUCCGCAGAGUACACCACAUUUCUACCCCUUCCCGAGUUACGUAAUGCCCUAGUGAGCCACGUAGGCAAUCACGCGGAUGCUGUCAUACAAGGCAAACGACUAAUCACGGCAACUUGUGGGAGUGGCAUGACUGCAGGCGUCCUCUGGUUGGGACUCAGGCUAUUGGGCGCCCCAAAUGUGGCAUUGUAUGAUGAGUCUUGGACCGGAUAUGCUAGCCGGGCGGCUAGCAAGAUUGAGAAGGUGGCAAACUAA